CCUGAUGUGAGAGCUCCGGCAGCCCGGCCGUGCCAAACUCCUGCCUCUUCUUCCCUCCUUCUGGCCUCUCCGUUUCACGGGGCUUGUUUUUGCCCUUCCUCAUGGCCCCCCUUCCUCUUCGCUCGGAGCUCCUGCUCCUCCUGGCUUGCUGCUUCUCCUCCUCCCAACCGCAGCUCCUGGACUGGAUUUGGGGCAGCACGAAGCCCACGGGAAGCCCAGCGACAUCCAGCAUGGGAACCACAGGGCUGGAGCCACUCACCUCGGCGGCAGCUGCCACCCAAAGCACGUCCCCAGGAUCGUGGGGUGUCCGGGUGGUGGAGGAUGUCACCACCCUGCAGCUCCAGGAGCCGGAUCCCAACACAGCAGCACCUGCAGGUGAGGGGACCACGGCCAAAACCAGCAAGCAGCGGGAUGGGAAUGCCACGGGGCUGGUGAAGAGCACGGCGUGGCCAAGCAUCGCUCCUCCCCGCGGUGUGUCACCUGCCCCUGGCCAGGAUGCGGCCAGCAGCUCCACCGAGGACCUGCAGGUCCUGGGGACAGGGACCACCAAGGACCCGCAGCUCCUGGGGAUGGGGGACACCGAGGAUCUGCAGAUCCUGGGGACAGGGACUACCAAGGACCCGCACCUCCUGGGGACAGGGACCACCAAGGACCUGCAGUUCCUGGGGAUGGAGGACACUGAGGAUCUGCAUCUCCUGGGGACAGGGACCACCGAGGACCCACAGUUCCUGGGCACAGGGACCACCAAGGACCCGCAGUUCCUGGGGACAGGGAUCACCAAGGACCCACAGAUCCUGGGAACAGGGACUACCAAGGACCCGCAGUUCCUGGGGACAGGGACCACCGAGGACCUGCAGCUCCUGGGGACAGGGACCACCAAGGACCCACAGAUCCUGGGAACAGGGACUACCAAGGACCCGCAGUUCCUGGGGACAGGGACCACCAAGGACCCGCAGCUCCUGGGGAUGGAGGACACUGAGGAUUUGCAGCUCCUGGGGACAGGGACCACCAAGGACCCACAGUUCCUGGGGACAGGGACCACCGAGGACCCGCAGUUCCUGGGGACAGGAACCACCGAGGACCCGCAGUUCCUGGGGAUGGGGGACACGGAGGAUCUGCAGCUCCAGGGGACAGGGACCCCCCCAGCAACGAGGACACAGGUGUCCUUGCAGAGACCGUCAGGUCCUUGGCCAGGUAGUGCCCCUUUUCCUUUCCCAGCAGGUGACAGGACCCAUGAGCAGGCAGUGCCACCCCAGGACCCCACGGUGCCACCUCCCCGACACAGCCACGGAGCAUCACCUGCCUCCCUGAGCCCGCGGCGCAGCACCGGCCGCUGGGGGCUGGGGCUGAGCCCCCUGAGAGCAGCCAGCCCUGCGGAUCCUCCUCCUGCCAACACCUCCCGUCCUCUUAAGUUCGAUUUACUAACUGCUGCUUCACGACUCUACAGCGGUGGUGGCACGGGGCUGGUGGCCUUCUCGCCCGGACUGAUGCCGCCGGCCGGCCGGUGCCUGCCCGUCCCGACUCCCCUGUCCUUCUGCAGCGUGCUGGGCACCCAGCACGUCAGGGUCCCCAAUUACCUCCGCCACGGCAGCGAGGGGGAAAUUCGGGCGGCUUUGCGUGAGUGGGAGGGGCUGCUGGAAUCGCGGUGCCAUCGCUACCUGGAGUGGUUUCUCUGCUUGCUCCUGCUGCCCGGGUGUAGCCCUUCGGUCCCGGUAACCCCCCCGCCGUGCCAGGGCUUCUGCGAGGCCGUCAGAGACCUGUGUUGGAUGCACUUGGCCGGCGGGCGCCUGCCUCUGCCUUGUGAUGCUCUCCCUCGGGAGGACGGAGGGUAUUCUUGUGUCUUUAUUAAUGCUUCUGCAGAGAACCUGAGCACCGAGGUCAGCCUCUUAGAGCUGAUCGGAGACCCCCCGCCGGAGGAGAUCCUCAAAAUUUACGGCCCCGACAACAAUCCCGGCUACGUCUUCGGCCCCAAUGCCAACACAGGCCAGGUGGCCCGGUACCACCUGCCGAGCCCUUUCUACCGGGACUUCUCCAUCCUGUUCCACAUCCAGCCCACCACACCCAGGGCUGGUGUGCUCUUUGCCAUCACAGACUCCUCGCAGAGCAUCAUCUAUGUGGGCAUCAAGCUCUCAGAGCUGCGGGCGGGCAAGCAGCAGAUCAUCUUCUACUACACAGAGCCGGGCUCACCCAGCUCAUAUGCAGCAGCCACCUUCACCGUGCCCACCUUGCUCAACCAGUGGACGCGCUUCGCCAUCAGCGUGGAGGAGGACGAAGUUGUUCUCUACCUGGACUGUGAGGAGCACGAGCGGGUCCGUUUCGAGCGCUCCCCGGAUGAGAUGGAGCUGGAAGAUGGCUCCGGGCUCUUUGUUGCUCAGGCUGGAGGGGCUGACCCAGAUAAAUAUCAGGGGGUGAUCGCCGAUUUGAAGCUGCGAGGGGACCCACGGGCGGCCGAGCGCCAGUGCGAGGAAGAGGAGGAUGACACCGAGGAGGUCUCUGGCGAUUUUGGCAGCGGGGCAGAAGGUGGACACCAACCCUCAGGGAAGGACAGGGGUGUUCCAGGGCUGGUGGAUGCUGUCCCUGUCACCUCUCCUCCUGUGGCAGCGGGUGGUGGGAUGAGGAGCGGUGGAGAUUCCCCACAGCAAGCUGAGAGGACCAGAGCAGAGGAGACACCGCAGGUCUCCACGGGAGGCACCGGCCCCAAAGGUGAAAAAGGGGAGAAGGGCGAGCGUGGCCUGAAAGGGGACUCGGGGACCGGCAGCGUCGUGGGGAUGGGCAGUGUCAAGGGUGAAAAGGGGGAGAAAGGAGAGCUGGGUGUUAAGGGCAGCGCUGGAUUUGGCUACCCGGGCUCCAAGGGCCAGAAAGGAGAGCCAGGUAACCCCGGCCCGCCGGGGACCCUCUCGCGGCAUUCUGAUGGCUCGGUGGUGGAGCAGGUCACCGGUCCCCCAGGGCCACCAGGGAAGGAUGGAGCCCCUGGCAGGGAUGGCGAGCCCGGUGAUCCUGGCGAGGAUGGCAAACCUGGCGAUAUGGGGCCCCAGGGGUUCCCCGGGAUGCCGGGGGAGCCUGGUCUGAAGGGGGAGAAGGGUGACCCAGGCGUAGGGCCAAGGGGACCCCCUGGACCACCCGGUCCUCCAGGACCUCCAGGACCAUCAUCCAAGCCUGACAAGCUGACCUUCAUCGACAUGGAGGGCUCUGGCUUUGGCAGUGACCUGGAGACCCUGCGGGGUCCGCGAGGGCCACCUGGUCCCCCAGGGCCACCCGGUGUGCCCGGUUUGCCAGGUGAGCCGGGACGGUUUGGGAUGAACCGCACAGACCUGCAGGGACUGCCAGGGCUGCCGGGCAGGGACGGGACCCCUGGGUCCUCAGGGCCAGCGGGUCCUCAGGGUCCUCCUGGAAGAGAUGGGGCACCUGGGCAGCCAGGGCCCAAAGGAGAGCAGGGUGAUGUGGGUGACCUUGGCCUCCCUGGCGCACCAGGACCCAAGGGCAGCAAGGGAGAAACAGGACCAGCAGGAGCCCCAGGAGAAAUGGGGUUAGCUGGCCUUCCUGGGCCCAUGGGACCCCGAGGGCUGCCGGGGCCCCCAGGUCCCCCAGGACCACCAGGGCUGGGCUACGAGGCUGGAUUUGGUGACAUGGAGGGCUCGGGGCUGCCAUUUGCUGCCAGCUCCCCUGGACCGCCUGGCCCCGAAGGACCACAGGGGGUGCCUGGACUGCAGGGGGUAAAGGGGGAGGUCGGCAGCCCCGGGCAGCCCGGCCUGCCAGGGCCGAAGGGAGAUGCUGGUGUGCCUGGCGUGGAUGGCCGCCCUGGCCUGGAGGGCUUCCCCGGACCACAGGGACCCAAAGGUGACAGAGGCAGUCCCGGAGAGAAGGGUGAGCGAGGUCAAGAUGGUGUGGGGCUGCCUGGCCCCCCUGGUCCACCUGGUCCCCCCGGACAGGUUGUCGCUGUCUCAAAUAAAGAUAAGUCUUUGGUGGCUUUGCCUGGUCCGGAGGGCAGACAGGGCCGCGCCGGCUUCCCGGGCCCAGUGGGACCGAAAGGAGAUCAGGGGCCGUCUGGUCCCCAGGGCCCCCCGGGGUUGAAGGGGGAGAAGGGGGAGCCCGGUGUCAUCAUCAGCCCCGAUGGGACGGUGGUCACUGCACAGGUGAAAGGAGAAAAGGGGGAGCCAGGGCCGCAGGGACCGAUGGGACCUUCAGGUCCCCAGGGACGAGGAGGGAUGAAGGGAGAGAUUGGCUUUCCAGGAAGACCUGGACGUCCUGGCAUGAACGGGCUGAAGGGUGAGAAGGGUGACCCCGCGGAUGUCACUAGCCUGCUGGGCUUGAGGGGUCCCCCAGGACCCCCAGGGCCCCCAGGGCCCCCUGGGCCACCCGGCAGCAUAGUCUACGACAGCAGCAAUGCCUUCAGUGACUCUGGCCAUCCCGUGCUGCCAGCUUUCCCCGGUUUCCACCAGUUUCAAGGACAAAAGGGAGAGAAAGGUGACGCCGGAGCCCCAGGACCCCCAGGCCACUUUGCCUACGACCCGAGUCGCUUUGGUGCCAACCUGCAGGGUGACAAGGGGGAUCCGGGUCCCAAGGGUGAGAAGGGCGAGCCAGGCAGCACCCCACUCUAUGGUCCCAGUGUCUCGGGGCUGCCAGGGCCUCCAGGGCCCCAGGGCUACCCUGGGCUGCCGGGUCCCAAGGGGGACAGUAUCGUUGGGCCACCAGGGCCUCCUGGACCUCAGGGCCCCCCCGGGAUUGGGUAUGAGGGGCGGCAAGGCCCCCCUGGCCCUCCUGGGCCCCCCGGUCAACCCUCCUUCCCAGGCCCCCACCGACAAGCUAUCAGCAUCCCUGGGCCCCCCGGACCACCGGGGCCCCCUGGACCACCAGGCACCGGCGGGACGUCCUUGGGGCUGCACGCCCUGCCGAGCUACCAGGCCAUGCUGAGUGCUGCCCAGGAGCUGCCCGAGGGAGGGCUCGUCUUCCUCACCGACCGGCAAGAGCUCUACGUCCGCCUGCGCGGGGGCUUCCGCCGGGUGCUGCUGGAGGAGCACACCCUGAUCCCCAGCUCAGCUCUGGACAACGAGGUGUACGACAAGCCCCCCAGAGUUCACUAUGCUGGCCCCCAGCCCCCGCUCCAGCCCCGCGGACCCCUGCAUCCCCUUCGCAACCACAGCCCACCGCCCACCACCCGCCCCUGGCACAGGGACGAGGUGGUGGCCAACCAGCACCGCCUGCCAGAGCAACCCCUUCUCCACCACCAGCACGAGCUCCUCAACAGCUACUACAUCCACCGCCGGCCGGACCCGGCCCCCGUGGCCGCCCACGUGCACCAGGACUUCCAGCCUGCCCUUCACCUGGUGGCCCUGAACGCCCCGCUGAGUGGCAGCAUGCGUGGCAUCCGGGGUGCGGACUUCCAGUGCUUCCAGCAAGCCCGGCAGGUUGGGCUGGCCGGCACCUUCCGUGCCUUCCUCUCCUCCCGCCUGCAGGACCUCUACAGCAUCGUGCGCCGGGCCGACCGCGCCGCUGUGCCCAUCGUCAACCUCCGGGACGAAGUGCUCUUCAGUAACUGGGAAGCCCUUUUCACGGGCAACGGGGCCCCACUGCGAGCUGGCACCCGCAUCCUCUCCUUCGACGGCCGGGAUGUCCUGCAGGAUGCAGGAUGGCCACAGAAGAGCAUUUGGCACGGCUCAGACGCCAAGGGCCGGCGCUUGCCUGAGAGCUACUGCGAGACGUGGCGGACGGAGGAGCACGCUGUCACCGGCCAGGCUUCCUCCCUGGGCUCGGGCAAGCUGCUGGAGCAGGUGGCCAGCAGCUGCCAGCACACCUUCAUCGUCCUCUGCAUUGAGAACAGCUUCAUGACCGCCGCCAAAAAGUGACACCUCCCCCUCGUCCCCUGGGUAGCCCAUGCCUCCCCGGGGAGGGUCGGGCCAGCCUGCACCCAUCAUCCUCAGCCCUUCCAUCUCCUGCCCUCGCCCCACAGGAUUUUUCUCUUCCCACAGACCUGAAGCCAAAGAGUAUCACCGUUGCCCCUGCCUUGGGACAGCAGGGGUUCACGUCCCACCUGGGGCAGGGCAGCCGUGGGCUGCUGCCUUCCUCCUCCUCCCCUUGCUCCACUUCUCUUCUAAUCCCUAAUAUUUAACCGCUUCAUCUUGUGUCCACCACCUGCUCAGAUGCUCUUUUCAGGGUGGCUGGGCAGGAGGAUGCUCAGCAGGGAGAUUUCAGCGCUGGUUUGCCCUCCCAGAAAGCCUGCAAGGGGUUUCUCUGACACCCCCCCCCCCGCCCCCCCAUCUCUCAGCCCCACAUUGUCCUCGCCAGGAGCUUGGGGCCAGACCCAAAUCCAUGCUACUGGGACCACGGGGUCUUCUCCAGCUGAAAGUCCGGGCAUCCCACCCCAGCAAGGGACUGUCCCAUGGUGGUGCCAGGGGCUCUCCCUAGAUGGUCUCCAGCC